AAAUAACGCAACUCAACAGUAUUUUGUUAAUCCUUAUAAGUUGUGUUAAACGUCUAAGGUUGUUAGGUAAGCGCCUGACUCGUAGAUUGUCACUUGUUUCGGAGCUUGAGGACAAAUAUGUCGUUUUUUGAAUUAGUUCAUGAUGCACCACCAAUAGAAGUAUACGCAUUAACAGAAGCAUGUAAUGAAGACAAAGAUUCUCACAAAGUUAACCUUGGUGUUGGUGCAUAUCGAACAAAUGAAGGGAAGCCGUGGGUUCUGCCUGUAGUUCGAACAGUUGAAUCUCUCAUGGCAGCCGAUCAUAAACUUGAUAAAGAAUAUCUUCCAGUGUCUGGUAUCGAAAGUAUGUGCAAAGCGGCAACGAAACUCGUCCUUGGAGAAGAGUGUAAACUGAUUGCUUCUAAAAAAGUAGACAGCUGUCAAACAUUAGGGGGAACGGGCGCAGUUUACCUAGCUCUUCAAUUCUUAUCGAAAAUUUCCAAAUGCACUACAGUUUACAUUUCUAAUCCUUCAUGGCCUAACCACAAGGGUAUAUCUCGGCUUGUUUGUUUGGAUAUAAACGAGUAUCGGUACUGGGAUCCUGCGUCUAGAAGUGUCAACUUCUCAGGGAUGUUGGAAGACUUAGACAAAGCUCCUGAACGAGCUAUCGUCAUACUGCAUGCCUGCGCCCACAAUCCAACAGGGACUGAUUUAUCCCAUGACCAGUGGAAGGAAUUGGCACUCUUUAUUAAGGAAAAGAAACUUUUCCCUGUGUUUGACAUGGCUUAUCAAGGAUUCGCCAGCGGAGAUCUAGACAAUGAUGCAUGGGCUGUUCGUUUAUUUGCUUCAAUGGGAAUGGAGAUGUUUGUCGCUCAAUCAUUUUCGAAAAAUUUUGGGCUUUAUAAUGAACGUGUUGGCAAUCUACUAUUUAUCACACAAGAUCCUGAAACUACAUCACAUGUAAAAUCACAAGUGAAAUUAUUAAUUCGUCAAACUUGGUCUAACCCACCACAACAUGGUGCAUUAAUAGUUGCUACUAUACUAAAUAAUCUUUCACUUUUCAAUGAAUGGAAAGGCUGUGUGGUUACAAUGGCCCAACGUAUUCGUGAAAUGAGGCAAGGACUUUAUGAUCGCUUGAGAAGUUUGGGAACACCAGGGAAUUGGGAGCAUAUUAUUAAUCAAGUUGGCAUGUUCUCAUAUACCGGUUUAACAUCCAAUCAAACACAAUAUAUGAGGAUAAAGCAUCAUCUAUACAUUAUGCAUGAUGGUCGAAUCAAUAUGUGCGCUUUGACUACGGACAAUAUUGAUCAUAUUGCACAAGCUAUACAUGAUACAGUUAGUAAUGUUAAAGAAUAAUCACCGGAAAUUACUGAUUAUGAACAAAAUUAAAAUUUUGUUUAGGAUAAGUAAAAAGAAGAAUGAUGAAAUGCAAAAUGUUUAUGUACUUGUUUUUCUCUUUUUUUUAUUAAUUACAAUUUCCAACUUUUUAUCUAUUCAUUUUUUUUCUCAUUAAGGAGAUUAUAUAAAUUAACAGUUGUUUACCUUGUUCAUUCUUCAUCAACAUCAUUAUUCCUAUAAAUGUCGUUGUCAUUAUCAAGACACAACAUCCAGCAGUAGUAGCAUGUUGGUUUUCACUAUUCAGUUUUCUAUUCAUACUCUUCUCAUUUGUCUCAUCCGAUUACAUUUGUUUCGAUCGUUUGUUGUGUGAUAGAUGAAGUUUUUGUUUUUGAUUGAUAUUACAAUUCUUUUUUUUUACUUUUAGUACAUUUAUGUAUACAUUCAUACAUUUAGCACUUUUUGUUAGUUUCUAUUAUUAUUACUAAUGAUAAUGGUGUUAGUUCCCUUUUUUUUACUACACUGUUUCUUGUUUAUAUUGCGUAAAGCUAGUAUAGUGUUUCGUUAUAAUUGUACCAAUAAGUAAUAGUAUAAGAAGUUUAGGGAGUACAUAUAUUUGUCAUUUCAAACAUAAAUAAAUUUAUAUUGUUUUGA